AUGGCCAUCAACGAAAUCUACCAAUACAGCCUCGUCAACGCUCUGAUGUCCGGCGUCUCCGACUCGGGCAUCACCGUUUCGCAACUCAUCGAGAAAGGAAACCAGGGCCUCGGCACCUUCGUCCGCAUGGACGGCGAGCUCCUCCUGCUCGACGGCACAGUCUACCAACUCCAAGCCGAGGGCAAGAUUCGGGUCGCCGAGCCGGACGACCAGAUCCCGUACGCGGCAGCCACACACUUCCGCUCCCAACAGACCGUGACCGUGAAGCUGGAGAACAAGGAGUCUAUUGACGCCGUGUUGGACCGGUUCAACGACCACGCGAGCAACCUCUUCAUGUCGUAUCGGGUCGAGGGCCGGUUCUCGCGGCUGAAGUGUCGGACCGUCAAGGGCCAGGAGUACGACGGGCAGCCGCUGAGCGAGCUGGGAAAGAAGCAGUUUGUCGCCGAGUAUCGCGAUGUGGAGGGGACGAUCGUGGGCUUCCGCUCGCCUGCGGCGUGGCAGGGGUUCUUCGUUGCGGGCGAGCACAUGCAUUUCAUCGAUGGGGAACGCAAGAUCGGCGGUCAUGUGUUGGAGUUGCAGGCCGAUGAGGAGGUGGCGAUGGGCAUUGCGACGGUGAAUAAUGUGCAUAUCGAGCUGCCUACGUCCGACAGGUUCAAUGCGGCCAAGAUGUCAACAGAUGAUGUGGGCUUGAAGUCGGUGGAAGGGUGA